AGUCCCGCGACCCGAGCCCGGCGCGCAGCAUCGUGGAGCAGCCGGAGUCCGCGCCCCGACGCUCUGCACCCGCAGUGUCCGCCGCGUCCGCCGCGUCCCGGGCGGGCAUGGGGCGGCCAGGCUGACCGCCGCACCCCGCCGCCGAGACCCCCAGCCCCAGCCAGCAGCCCUCUUGCUGCGGCCCCGGCGUGCGCGGGCCAUGGCGAAGGCGACGGCGACGGCCGGCGCCGCGAGGCUGCGGUUGCUGCUGCUGCUGCCGCUGCUCGGCGAAGCUCCGCUGGGACUUUACUUCGCCAGGGAUGCUUACUGGGAGAAACUCUACGUGGACCAGCCAGCUGGCAUGCCCCUGCUCUACGUCCAUGCCCUGCGGGACAUGCCGGAGGAGGUGCCCACCUUCCGCCUGGGCCAGCACCUCUAUGGCAUCGCCUACCGUGCAAGGCUGCAUGAGAACAACUGGAUUCGCAUCGAGGAGGACACUGGCCUUCUCUACCUUAACCGGAGCUUGGAUCACAGCACCUGGGACAAGCUCAGCAUCCGCAAUGGCGGCUUCCCUGUGCUCACCAUCUACCUCCAGGUCUUCCUGUCACCUACAUCCCUGCGUGAGGGCGAGUGCCAAUGGCCCGGCUGUGCCCGUGUGUACUUCUCCUUUGUCAACACCUCCUUCCCGGCUUGUGGUUCCCUCAAACCCCGGGAACUCUGCUUUCCUGAGACAGGUGUCUCCUUCCGCAUCAGAGAGAAUAGGCCUCCUGGCACUUUCCACCAGUUCCGCCUGCUGCCUGUGCAGUUCCUCUGCCCCAACAUCAGCGUGGCCUACAGGCUCCUAGAAGGUGAGAACCUGCCCUUCCACUGCGCCCCGGACAGCCUGGAGGUGAGCACGCGCUGGCCCCUGGAUCGCGAGCUGCGGGAGAAGUACGAGCUGGUGGCUGCUUGCACGGUGCGCGUCGGCGCACGCAAGGAGGAGGUGGUGAUGGUGCCCUUCCCCGUGACCGUGUAUGAUGAGGACGACUCGGCGCCCACCUUCCUCGGGGGCAUCGACACCGCCAGCGCUGUGGUGGAGUUCAAGAGGAAGGAGGGCACUGUGGUGGCCAAAAUACGUGUCUUCGAUGCAGAUGUGGUGCCGGCAUCCGGGGAGCUCCUGAAGCGAUACACAAACACACUACUCUCUGGGGAUGCCUGGGUCCUCCAGACAUUCCGUAUCGAGCACUCCCCCAACGAGACCUUGGCCCAGGCCAACGGCAGCUUUGUGCGGGCAACUGUGCAUGACUACAGGCUGGUUCUCAACCGGAGCCUCCCCAUCUCGGAGAACCGCUCCCUGCAGCUGACCGUGCUGGUCAAUGACUCGGACUUCCAGGGCCCCGGGGAGGGCACCCUCUUCCUCCACUUCAACGUGUCCGUGCUGCCUGUCAGCUUGCACUUGCCCAGCACCUACACCUUCACUGUGAGCAGGCGGGCCCGCCGCUUUGCCCAGAUUGGGAAAGUCUGUGUGGAAAACUGCCAGGAGUUCAGCGGCAUCCACGUGCAGUACAGGCUGCAGCUCUCCAGCACCAACUGCAGUGUCCUGGGGGUGGUCACCUCAGCCGAGGACACCACAGGGAACCUUUUCGUGAACGACACAGAAGCCCUGCAGCGGCCCGAUUGCUCUCAACUCCGGUACACGGUAGUGGCUGCCGACCGGCCAACCCGCAAGCAGACCCAGGCCCUGCUGGUUGUCACCGUGGAGGGGACAUAUGUGGCUGAGGAGCCAGGCUGCCCCCUGUCCUGUGCAGUCAGCAAGAGACGCCCUGAAUGUGAGGAGUGCGGUGGCCUGGGCUCUCUGACGGGCAGGUGCGAGUGGAGACAGGGAGAUGGCAAAGGAAUCACCAGGAACUUCUCCACCUGCUCCCCCAGCAUCAAGACCUGCCCCGACGGCCACUGUGAUGCCGUGGAGAGCAGAAAUGUCAACAUCUGCCCCCAGGACUGCCUCCGGGGCGGCAGCAUCAUUGGUGGGCAUGAGCCAGGGGAGCGCUGGGGGAUUAAAGCUGGCUUCGGUAUCUGCAACUGUUUCCCAGAGGAGAAGAAGUGCUUCUGCGAACCUGAAGACAGCCAGGAGCCGCUGUGUGACGAGCUCUGCCGCACGGUGAUCGCGGCCGCUGUGCUCUUCUCCUUCGUCGUCUCCAUGCUGCUCUCCACCUUCUGCAUCCACCGCUACCACAAGAACGCCCACAAGCCACCCAUUGCCUCUGCUGAGAUGACCUUCCGCCGGCCUGCCCAGGCCUUCCCGGUCAGCUACUCCUCGUCCGGCGCCCGCCGGCCCUCUAUGGACUCCAUGGAGAACCAGGUCUCUGUGGACGCCUUCAAGAUCCCGGAGGAUCCAAAGUGGGAAUUCCCUCGAAAGAACUUGGUUCUUGGGAAAACCCUGGGAGAAGGCGAAUUUGGAAAAGUGGUUAAGGCGACAGCCUUCCGGCUGAAAGGCAAAGCAGGGUACACAACCGUGGCCGUGAAGAUGCUGAAAGAGAACGCUUCCCCAAGUGAGCUGCGGGACCUGCUGUCAGAGUUCAACCUCCUGAAGCAGGUCAACCACCCACAUGUCAUCAAGCUGUACGGGGCCUGCAGCCAGGACGGCCCGCUCUUCCUCAUUGUGGAGUAUGCCAAGUACGGUUCCCUGCGGGGCUUCCUCCGAGAGAGCCGCAAGGCGGGGCCCGGCUACGUGGGCAGCGGAGGCAGCCGCAGCUCCAGCUACCUGGACAACCCCGAGGAGCGGGCCCUGACCAUGGGCGACCUCAUCUCCUUCGCCUGGCAGAUCUCUCGGGGGAUGCGGUACCUGGCUGAGAUGAAGCUUGUCCAUCGGGACUUGGCAGCCAGAAAUGUCCUGGUAGCUGAGGGGCGGAAGAUGAAGAUUUCGGAUUUUGGCCUGUCCCGAGACGUUUAUGAAGAGGAUUCCUAUGUGAAGAGGAGCAAGGGUCGGAUUCCAGUCAAAUGGAUGGCAAUUGAGUCUCUUUUCGAUCAUAUCUACACCACCCAAAGUGAUGUGUGGUCCUUUGGUGUCCUGCUGUGGGAGAUUGUGACUCUGGGGGGCAACCCCUACCCUGGGAUCCCUCCGGAGCGGCUUUUCAACCUCCUGAAGACAGGCUACCGGAUGGAGAGGCCUGACAACUGCAGUGAGGAGAUGUACGGUCUCAUGCUGCAGUGUUGGAAGCAGGAACCAGACAAGAGGCCAGUGUUUGCUGACAUCAGCAAAGACCUGGAAAAGAUGAUGGUUAAGAACAGAGACUACUUGGACCUGGCUGCCUCCACCCCAUCCGACUCCCUGCUUUAUGACGACGGCCUCUCGGAGGAGGAGACGCCCCUGGUGGACUGUAAUAAUGCUCCCCUCCCUCGAGCCCUCCCCUCCACGUGGAUUGAAAACAAACUCUAUGGCAUGUCAGACCCGAACUGGCCUGAAGAGAGUCCUGUACCACUCACGAGAGCUGAUGGCACUAACACUGUGUGUCCAAGAUAUGCAAAUGAUAGUGUAUAUGCUAACUGGAUGGUUUCACCCUCAGCGGCACAAUUAAUGGACGCAUUUGAUAGUUAACAUUUCUUUGUGAAAGGUAAUGGACUCACAAGGGGAAGAAACAUGCCGAGAACAGAAAGUCUGCCGGCCCCUCCUUUGUGCACUUCACACUGGCUGGUGAUUUUCCCUCCUGGCAGACGUAGCGUACUGGACCAGAGUUCUGAGUCCAGCCUUUAGGUAUUCCUUCCUCUCCAGCCCUUGGCAGUGCUCUGUGUUGGUCUGUGUUCAUCAGUGACCACCACACCCUGUGCUCAGACGUGUGGGUCCCUCACUCACUACCUGAGUGGUUUGAUUUUUCUUGUUGCCAGCAAACAAGGCAACACGAUUUAAACAUGAAGCACACACACCAAAAAAGGCAGCAGGAAAAAAAAAAAAAAAAAAAAACUGGCCCAAAUGACACAUCCUUGUUCAGAACAAGAAGCCCAGCAAGGCCCUAUCGUGGUAUCGAACCCUUGGCCAGGGCUGGAGGGGACAAGGGGACCUUGGGACAGGCCUCAGCUCAGCAUUUGAGAUCCUGGGAGCGGUUUGUUUUUUGGUUUUUGUUUUUAAUCGUGUAACCUUUUCUUAGGAAGACAUUUGAUUUUUAUCAUGAGUUAAAUGGAUUCUUCAAUUUAGCACAAUAGAUUUGAUGCCAUAUUUGCUAUGUAGAUAGGCGGUGUGAGAGGACAGGGCUCGCUGGACACUUCACUGUUGUUCCCAUCACUGAGUGAUCACUACCUUCUGGCGAGAACAGAAUGAAGAAGAGGGCGUCUGAGUGGAGUGGCCUCCCGUCCUGGGAUUGCUAACAGCCGAGACUCGGCUGCCAUGAAUCCCACCCCUGCCAGCCCCCAGGGUGCCGCAUCCGUCCAGUGCCAGAAAGCGGUGCCUCAUCUCGCACAUUAGGAGUGGGUGGGGUUAGUGCACAGUUUAAAAGGGACAGUUCUGCUAGUUCUGUUAGAAGUAACGUUGACAGUGACCGAGGAUUGCUACCCUUCUGAUCACAGUUCUGAUGUGGAAAAGACAAUGUUUUGGCUCUCAUAGAGCUUGUGUGAAAAGGUACGUGUAUCCAUUCAUUCUGUGUUUGUAACUCAGUGCUGCUAUAUAGCAAGACGUUUUUGUUUAUUAGAUUCUGACCAUGACUCAUAAGCUUCUUGUCAUUCUUCACUGCUUGUUUGUGGUCACAGACACUCAGUGCCCCUCCCAUCUUGUGGAGGCGGCUUUCGGGAAGUCCCCGACAGCUCUUCUGUCUGUAACUUUGCAGGAGAGGGUCGGUUACCAACACACUGCCUGGUCUUCAGACUUCAAGCACUGUGAAAGAUUGACAGUAGCCUCAUCCAAAUACUGUAUCCUACAGGCAUUUCACAAAAGCAAUGAAAUGGGGGCAUUUUUGUGGCCAAGAAGGCUUGGAUGAGUAUGUAUCAGAGCCUCAUGAUGUGUGUGUAUGUGUAUGUGUGUGUACACACACCCAGAGAGAGCGCUGGAAAAACACUUACUGGAGAUGGAACAUGGCUUUAGUUUAGGCCGUUUUUUAGAUGCACUGUGAUGAAUUCUGUUACAAAUACCUAGUUGUGGUAAACUUUCGGUUUUCAGAUGUGCUUAAUGAUAGUCUUAGCAAUGCAAAAAUAAGGAGAAACUCUCUCACCUAAUUAAAAAUACCUUCCCAAUAAGUGCGAGUUGCCACAGUAGGUUUGUUCUUGGCAGGGUGAGAACUCCAGGUCAAACUGGCUGACCCAGUGAUGGGGAAUUAACUCUUGACCAAUAAUCUAAUUGUCUAUUCCUGAGUUUUAACAGCAUUCAUAUUUACUGGUCCUAUCAGACAAUUUUCAUAUACAUAUACACAGAAGUUACUAAGUAUUAAAUAUUACUGGCUGUAAGUAGCAAUCUGUCAGUUAUUAAAGUUUGUAAAAUCUAUUUAUGAAAGGUUAUUAAACCAUACCAUGUUAAUUUGCUUUUGUAAUCAAGGUGACUAAGAACAUAAUUUCAGUUAUGUAAAUAAAAUUGUGUGUCAUAAAAUGUGUAAACUUCUUUUCUCUUUUUAACUUCCCAGUUGGAAACCUCAGGUUUCUGAUUUUGAAGUUUCAAUAUAAGGAUUGAAGUAUCACAGGGAAAUCUGUUGUAUUUAUUGACUUGUCUCACCCAUUAUGUAUGUGAUGAGGCCCGUUUAUGGCAACAGUUAAAACUCCUCUAACUCUGCCAUUCAGGAAAUUCCUUCCUUUAUGUUUCCUUCCCUAAAAUAGAGUAGCAGCCAGUCUAGUUCAGGUAUUUGUGGCUUUCUGGCAGUUUUUCUAUGGCUUAUUUCUUGAAACUGCAGUUGGGCAGUUGUAGGAGAGAGGAUGUAAAAUGCAUAGCCAUAAGUGAAGGUCCAUUAGUCAGAGGGAAAAAUUUGUCCUGAACCACCAUGAAGCUUUAAACACUAAGUGCUUCUGUUUAUGUCUUCCUGUUGGGUCGUGGAGGCAUGCUCUGAGCUCCUCCUCCAAGGCCUGGCAAGGAGCAGGCGGGUCAGUUGAUAAUCACAUGUUGUUACCAACAUAAAUCUGAUUUCUGGUUGUAUCGUGUGCUAGAUGGCGAGGACCUGUGUCAUUUCCCUCGUGUGUGUGCACAUGUGCGCAUACACAGGCUGUCCCUGGCCCUCGGAGCUGUAGCUCCUGGCCCUCAGCACCCAUGUCUGCUCUUGGUGUCCUCCUUCAAUCUGGCCACAGGGCUUGGAAAUAAAUAUAAUUUCUAGGGUCAGUUAUUUGCUACAGCCUUUCUCUCUGAAUGUUUAGAAACGUAUGCCGAGAAAAUCUCAUACUAAAAAUACUAAAAACCCCUUUUUCAAGAGCAUUGAACUUCCAUCAGGAGUGUUUGUGUGUGUGUGUGUUUGGUUUAUUUGUCUUUAAAAGUCCCAUUUCUCCACUGUCUUCCACAAAGGAUGCUUUCCCACCACAAGGCCAGCUUAUUUGGGUGGAAAUUUAGCUGAAUAUAAUGUCUGAGAAUGGGGUCCGGACAAAUACUUCACAUAUAAAAGAAAAUUCUAAGGUAAAACAUAAUUUCCCCCAGUAGAAAUAAAGCAUUUUUUCCCCAGUGAAUGGUUUCCUCUCCUCCUUUGAGCAUAUUGACUUGUAGGAUACUUAGCAGGUGGUAUUUAGGGUAGUUCUAGGAGGUGCCUGAGAAGCCCUUACCUCUGUGGCCCCGGAAAGACAUAGUGUGGGUCUGAAGGGCAUGUGCAACGGUAGGGGGUGCUGGGAAUGCCUCAUAUCUUCAGUGUGGAGAUAGGCACAGAACUUAUCCCCUGCUGUCGCCCUCAUGUGUACAGAAAACACCCCUUUCUGCUGAGGCCACCUGCUGUGUCCUCGUCUCUUCCCAGGCAGCAGCCUCAAUGGCCUUGUUAGAACCGUGUUAGGGAUUCACGUGACACAUUCUUAGCAGACAUUGUGAAAAAACCAGAACCUGUAUGUAGAGAGUUUUUCAGUUUGGGGCAGGUCUGAAGUUGAGGCUGGAUGGGUGGCAGUGUGACAGCAGGAAGAAUAAGCAUCACAUCCAGAGUUUAAAGAGGAACACACUAUCGAUGCCCAAAAGACAUCACGGUUAAUCUUUGCAACUCAGGUUUUGAUUGCUGUGUCAAGCGAGGGGAUAUUUUUUGCAGAGGUUUCUGGGAUGUGCUAAAUCACAGGACCUGGCCAAGCAACAUCUCUCAGCGGGAGCCCGGGCCCAGAGUCGCGACAGGGAAGCCAUCUGCAGGGACGUGUGGCUGCAGGAACAUCAGUGUCACGGGGAACUGGGCCAGGCAGCGCCGAAGGAGUCGCGACCCGAGACCACCACAGCCACUGUGACCCCAGGAGGUACCAUAAUCCUGCAUCCUUUCAGAGGAUACUGAGCAAUUCAAGUUCAAAGUUAGCAUAAGCAGGCAAGGUAAGGACAGUAAGUGCAUUCUAAAACUAAAAAAAUAUUUUUUUGAGAAAAAUCAUUUUGAUAUUCAUACACAGAUAAUACCAUGAAAACUGUCAAUUGCUUGAAUAAAAACGUGAGGCUUCAUUUUAAGCAUCCCUGUUUUUAUUUAUCUUGGUCAACUUUGUAAACAAUACCAGAGUAAACCAUAUGCUUUUUGGCUGCUCUCGGCAGAAGGAUGAAUAUGAGGCUGCCUCUUACUACCUGAGGCAAAGGACUUUGCCCGGAGGACACACAGUGCCUGUAUCACAGCCCUGUCCUCAGAGGCUUCGCUCACCAAGAGCCUAUGACUUGCUUCAUAGUUUGUGCCUCUUGAGGGUUUUAAAGAGCUUGAGGGGCACCUGGGUGGCUCCAAUCGGUUAAGCAUCGGACUCUUGGUUUUGGCUCAGGUUAUGAUCACAGAUUCGUGAGUUCAAGCCCAUGUCGGGCUCUGCGCUGUCAGCACAG